CCGUAUAUAUAGCAGGACUUUCCGAACAACAGUAUUUAAUUGACACGAUAAGGAAAAGGGGAUGACCCGAGAUUCCAACGAAGACGAUAACUGCUUAAUAACCAGUCCCGGCAGAAAUCGCAUCAUUCGAUUGCAAAAUGUUCAAGUAUCAAGUUAUUCUGUGUAGUUUCUUCGGCCUGUGUGUAGCGAAACAGGCGAAAUUCACUUUGUGCGGCUUCAGCGGUUUCAGUUGCAGUACAAUCGGAGACGAACCUCAAACCAUCACUUAUCGAUGUCCCAGUGACCAAAAAGAUAUACUCUUGAAAAUAAACGACUUCGAGAACCCACCAAACGGUGUAUCGCUGAUAAUAGAAAACUGCCCGGAAAUCACAGUCUCUUUCCAAUGUUCCAGCCAAGUCAGAUACCUACAAUCGCUGAUCAUCAGAAACAUAGGAACGCUAAAGAUACAACAAGAUCCUCAAUACCAGACCCACCUACCACUCGAGGUGCUACUGCAAAACGUAACCUACAUCGACGAAAUUCCUGGUUUCGUUUUUUCCCAAGUGAAUAAAGUGUCGCACAACGUCAAUUGUGUCAGACCCGAAUUCGAUUUGAAGCUACUCCAGUUCGAAAAUGUCCGCAUAGGAACCAUCCUAGCCAAUGGGAUUUAUAUGCCUAAAGAUGCCGGUAACGUUGUUUUUAGUAACGUUGCCAUUGGUAGAAUGAAGAAAGACGCAAUUUUGGCCAAUAUGACGAUUUCGUACAUUUUCCAAAUGGAGGAUAGUGCAGUCGGGAUGAUGGAGAAUCAAGCGAUUCAAGUAUCCGGAAAAGGAAUGAUUUUUCAGUAAGGCAAUCAAGAUAUUUAAAA